AUGGAGGAUGAAGCCAUCCAGGCAGCAAACAGUGAAAUGGGUAACCUUAGGAGCCGGAGAGCCUUUGGGGCCGGGCAACCUUUGGGGCCGGGCAACCUUUGGGGCCGGGCAACCUUUGGGGCCGGGCAACCUUUGGGGCUGGAGAACCUUCAGGUCCAUCACGCUGCCUCCUCCUUUCGCAGGUACAGCUCCCAGGGUUGUGUUUUGAGCCCAGGACCAAGCACCCCGGAACCCAGCCUUCUCCACGCCGAUGCCUUGCAGCGCCUGGUGGCCCUGUCCCACGGCCACGGCCAGGAGUGCGGCUUCGUCCCCGACGUGAAGCCCCCAGCCUCGGGCAGCCCAGCCCAGCUGGUGUGGGAGUGCGUGGCCGGACACAGCUUCUCCUGGGGCGUCCCCACCGUGGCCGAUGGCCAGCAGCCGUGGGGUGUCACCGAGGAGGAUUCGGGGCACAGCUCCCCACCGGUCCCUGGGCGCCGGCGGUCGUUGCGGCGGGCAGGGCUCGCUGCCGAGACCAAGGUGGACGAAUCCAGCCCCAAGAAGGACGGUGCCGAACCAGAGGUGGCAGCUUGGUCACCCGCUGGUGAUGGAAACCAGAGGGAAGAGGCGGGUGAAAGUAGUGUCGCAGCUCCCCGAGGGCAGACGGAGACGGUAACCACAGGACUGGAUCAUGAGAGCACACCCGUGUUGGAGGAGAAACCGGAGCAGGGCAGCGCGUCUCAGGAGGAAGAGGAGGAAGAGGAAGACGAGGACUUGGCCGAGGAAGAUGACCUCGCCUACGCAGAUGACCUGCGUGAUGAGAACUACCACCCGUCUCUGGACAGCGAUUCGGAGCUGCAGAGACGCCAAAGCCAGCCAAAAUCCCACAAGAAACCCGUGAAAGAGGAGCAGAGCCUGAGCGAGCCGAGCCCGACCGACUCCAGCCCAGCAGAGGAGAGGGGUGGGCGAGUCAGCUGCAAGCGGCGAACGCGGUCGUGCGACGAGGACGUGGCCCAGAUCGGCCCCAAGAGGAUCAGGAAGGCAGCGAAACGCGAAAUCCUCCUGUGUGACUUCGAAGGCUGUGGCAAAAUCUUCUCCAACCGCCAGUACCUGAACCACCACAAGAAGUACCAGCACGUUCACCAGAAGACCUUCACCUGCUCGGAGCCCAGCUGCGGCAAGUCCUUCAACUUCAAGAAGCACCUCAAGGAGCACGAGAAGCUGCACAGCGACAAGCGGGACUACAUCUGCGAGUUCUGCGCCCGCUCCUUCCGCACCAGCAGCAACCUGAUCAUCCACAGGCGCAUCCACACGGGGGAGAAACCCCUCCAGUGCGAGAUCUGCGGCUUCACCUGCCGCCAGAAAGCCUCCCUCAACUGGCACAUGAAGAAGCACGACGCCGACUCCUUCUACCAGUUCUCCUGCGACAUCUGCGGCAAGAAAUUCGAGAAGAGGGACAACGUCACCGCCCACAAGAGCAAAAGCCACCCCGAAGCCCCCAGCGGACCCCCCCAAGCCGUGCCCUCCUCACCUCCAAGCCUCCUGGGGACAGGGAUGGGGCACGCGGAGCUCCCAGGCGGGGACGGUGGAGGCGAAGCGGGGAAAAGCGAGGGGCACCCGCCUCCCAUCGCUGCCUUGGCUGAGUAA